AUGAGCAGGGUCCUGCGACAUGUGCAAAGUUGCCUUGAGAAACAAGUGCAGUACUCGGAAUUGAACGCCUUUGUCACCUGCGCCAGGGCGACAAAACUUCAGGAUGCAGCCAGUGCGAUAGCUGAUAGCGAGUCUGAUUGUAUCAUAGGCUCAGCUCUCGUAGGAAAGACAGUCGCCAUCAAGGACAAUAUCGUCACGAAAGACUAUCCAACCACAGCAUCUUCAAAGAUCCUCGACGCAUACAAUUCAUCAUAUAAUGCGACUGUAGUCGACAGACUCGCUGCAGCUGGUGCCCUGAUAUGUGGAAAGACAAACCUGGAUGAGUUUGGAAUGGGAUCACACACUCGGCCGGUUUUCACAUCGACAACAAAGAGUCCGUUCACGCGCAAUGGACAGGCUCUCUCGGCAGGUGGAAGUAGUGGAGGUAGCGCGGUGGCAGUCGCAACGGGUCAGGCGUGGGCUGCUCUCGGAACAGACACUGGAGGUUCCGUCAGGUUGCCUGCUGCAUAUACUGGCACUGUCGGCUUCAAGCCCAGCUACGGCCGAUUGAGUCGGUGGGGUGUCAUAGCAUACGCCAAUUCACUGGAUACUGUCGGCACCUUGACCAACACUGUUGAACAUGCACGGGAGAUAUUCAACGUGCUCGAUCGCUUCGACCACAUGGACCCUACGAGCUUAUCAAAGACGAUCCGUGACAGAAUCGCUGGUCAAACCACUGCCUGGUCUAAGGACAGGCAACUGCGUAUCGGCAUUCCGCUGGAUUACAACACCGCUUCACUUUCCCCAGAGGUCCGACAAACAUGGUCUCGAUUGUUGUCAACACUGCAAGAUGCCGGACACUCGCUACAUCCUGUAUCACUGCCUUCGACGCAUCAAGCACUUUCAGCUUACUAUGUUUUGGCUCCCGCAGAGGCCUCGUCCAACCUUGCCAAGUACGAUGGGGUACGCUAUGGUCAUCGUACAUCGGGCCCUGAUGCCAACCCAAGGGACAACCUUCCGUUGUUCGCUGCUACAAGAGGUGAAGGCUUUGGACCCGAGGUUCAGCGUCGCAUACUUCUAGGUGCUUACACAUUGAGCUCGGAAGCCAUGGACAAUUACUUUGUCCAAGCACAGCGAGUGCGUAGGCUAGUACAGAUGGACUUUGACAAAGUGUUUGCUCUGCGAAACCCAUUGUUGGAUGCACGGACCGAGCAGUCAGAUGACACAGCCAGUGUUGAUGUCCUGAUUGCGCCCACCGCACCGACAUUACCACCCACGCUGGCGGAAGUGGAGAAGCUGAGCCCGGUUGAGAUGUACAUGAAUGAUGUGUUGACGGUACCUGCUAGUCUGGCAGGACUGCCUGCUUUGAGCGUACCUGUCAAGCUACAGGGUGGUGCAAAGGAGGCUGGAGACGUUGACUCUGUUGGCAUGCAGGUUAUUGGACAGUUUGGCGAAGAUGAAUUGGUUCUUCGAGUAGGACAAAUUAUCGAAGCUCUGCAAGCUUAG